AUGCAUGCGGCGACGUCGGCCGGCAGCAUGGCCUCGAUCGAGCUCGGGCGCGGCGGCGCUGGUGGCAGCGGGAACGGCAUCGGCAGGCCCGCCGGGACGACGUCCAAGAAGCGGCUCGUGAUGAUCAUCGCCGACCCGGGCCGCGAGUCCACGGCGGCGAUGGACUGGGCACUCUCCCACGCCGUCGUCGAGGGUGACGACAUCCUGCUUCUCCACGUCAACAUGCCGCCGAGCGGCGCCCCCGGCGGCGCGGCCCCUCCGCGAACCGGCUCCGUCGGCAGCAGCAGCGGCUCCCAGCUGGCCGUGUUCCUCGGUGGCGGGGGCUCCGCGGACGGGGAGUUCAUGGAGACGAUGCGCGCCGCGUGCAAGGCGCGGCACCCGCGCGCUAGGGUCCACGCGGAGCGCGUCGAGCCGGCAACCGAGGGCCGCGAGGCCAAGGCCCAGACCAUCCUCGCCGAGUCCCAACGCCGCGGCGUCGAGCUCCUCGUCAUCGGUCACCACCGCUUCUCCGCCUUCCUCAGGUUGCGGAGCGCGAGCGGGACGAGCCGGCCGAGACACGACAGCACGGCGGAGUUCUUGAUCGAGCACAGCAAGUGCUUGUGCGUGAGCGUUCAGAAGAAGGGCAAGAACGCCGGCUACCUGCUCAACACAAAGACCCACAAGAACUUCUGGCAACUCGCAUGA